ACUUCCUGCUUCACCCCCAGGGGGUUGCUGGUCUCCACAGACGUUUGUUGAGCACCUCCUGUGUGCACCUGUAAGCCUCACAUCACCCACCUGUGAAGUAGAAAAUGAUCCCCCUGUUUCAUAGAUGAGAAAACUGAGACCAAAGAGGUUAAACAGCUCAUUCAAGGUCAUGAAGGGAGGAAGAGUUGCUGCUGGGAUUUGAACCAAGACCCAGGUCCAAGCAAGCCUAAGUCCAGGCCAGUCUCCACCAUGCAGGGAGCCCUCCACCUGGCCCCCGCCCGGGGUGGCCCACGCUCAUCCAGCCACACUCUUGCCCAUGGCGGGGUCUUCUUGGAGGAGGGCGAGAGCUGCCCUUGCUGCUGGGGCAACUGUGUGCAGCCCCAUGUGUCUGGCUCGGCAAAGCCUGGACUCAGGGCAGGGCUGAGCUGUGCUCAGUGGGGACCACAGCCGGUGGGCCUGCUUCAGCCCAGUGGGAGGAGGAGAACCUUCCUGGUGCAUUAUCUCAGGAGGCACCUCGGUCCCGCCAGAGCAGGUGUGACCAGGAGCUGGCUGCGAGGGGACCAUAGCUUGGAACAGGAAGCCAAAAAUGGGAUCUGAGGCCCCUGCAGCCAGAGCCAGGAUUCUGGAUGAGCCUAGGUUUGUAGGUGGGCUCCCCAAAGUCCGGGGGCUUCUCACUGAGCUGGGGGUGCCCUGCCCCUCAUGCCCGGUGACUUGGCUCUGUCCAUGGUUUCUUCUCCCUCCCGCAUCUCCACAUUUUUCCCUCCUGGCCCCCGGCUUCCAGAGCAUCAUGGAGCAGUUUAACCCCGCCCUGGAGAACCUGGUGUACCUGGGCAACAACUACCUUCGUGCCUUCCAUGCCCUGUCUGAGGCGGCCGAGGUCUACUUCAGCGCCAUCCAGAAGAUUGGGGAGCAUGCCCUGCAGAGUCCCACCUCCCAGAUUCUGGGGGAGAUCUUGGUGCAGAUGUCUGAUACCCAGCGACACUUGAACUCCGACCUGGAGGUGGUGGUGCAGACAUUCCAUGGAGACCUGCUGCAGCACAUGGAGAAGAACACCAAGCUGGACAUGCAGUUCAUCAAAGACAGCCGCCAGCACUAUGAGAUCGAGUACCGCCACCGAGCGGCCAACCUGGAGAAGUGCAUGUCUGAGCUGUGGCGCAUGGAGCGCAAGAGGGACAAGAACGUGCGGGAGAUGAAGGAGAGUGUGAACCGGCUGCACGCCCAGAUGCAGGCCUUCGUGUCUGAGAGUCAGCGGGCAGCUGAACUUGAAGAAAAGCGGCGCUACCGCUUCCUGGCGGAGAAGCACCUGCUGCUUUCCAACACCUUCCUGCACUUCUUCGGCCGGGCCCGGGGGAUGCUCCAGAACCGCGUGCUGCUGUGGAAGGAGCAGUCGGAGGCCAGCCGCAGCUCGUCGCGCGCCCACUCCCCCGGCCUGCUGGGCCCUGCGCUGGGGCCGCCGUACCCCUCGGGCCGCCUGACGCCCACGCGCCUGGACAUGCCCCCGAGGCCCCUGGGAGAGUUCAGCUCCCCCCGCAGCCGGCACAGUUCCGGCUCCUACGGCCCGGAGCCUGACUCCAGGCCCGCGUCCCAGCUGGAGCCAGACCGCAGGUCCCUGCCCCGCACGCCGUCUGCCUCCUCGCUCUACAGCAGCAGCACCCAGUGCUCGCGCUCCAACUCCUUUGGCGAGCGGCCGGGCGGCAGCGGGGGCGGCGGGGGCGCCAGGAGGGUCCGUGCCCUGGUCUCCCACUCUGAGGGCGCCAACCACACGCUGCUGCGCUUCUCUGCCGGGGACGUGGUGGAGGUGCUGGUGCCCGAGGCCCAGAACGGCUGGCUCUACGGCAAGCUGGAGGGCUCGUCCGCGAGUGGCUGGUUCCCUGAGGCCUAUGUGAAGGCUCUGGAGGAGGGGCCCAUGAAUCCUAUGAGCGCCAUGACCCCCAUGACCUCCAUGACCCCCAUGAUGCCCAUGAAGCCCAUGAACCCCGUGAACGAGCUGCCUUCCAGAUCCUACCCACUCCGGGGCAGCCACAGCCUCGACGACCUCCUGGACCGGCCAGGCAACUCCACAGCACCCUCGGAGUACUGGGAUGGUCAGUCCCGCUCCCGCACCCCAAGCCGGGUGCCGAGCCGUGCCCCCAGCCCUGUACCUCCACCCUUGCCCAGCAGCCGCCGCAGCAGCAUGGGCAGUACGGGGGUGGCCACUGAUGUCAAGAAACUGAUGUCCUCAGAGCAGUACCCGCCACAGGAGCUCUUCCCCAGGGGCACAAAUCCUUUUGCCACCGUCAAGCUUCGCCCCACCAUCACCAAUGACCGCUCAGCGCCCCUCAUCCGCUGAGGUGGGGUCUGAGGUCUUGCCCCCCAGGACACCUGCCCGGGGACUGUUCGGAGUGGCAGCCACGGCAGCAGCAGCAGUGGCUACAAGAAAUGGGGCGCUGAAACCAGAGAUGGCUGCCCUUCCCCAGAGCACCCCGGCAGCCCGAGCAGCUCCGAAGCACUGGCCUGGGGUCAGAGACCUUCAAAGUAAAGCCGGCGGAAUGGGGGGAUAGGACAAUUUCUUUCCCUCCAGGGGCUCCAGGACUCUCCCUGGGAGACCUAUUUCUUGCCCCCCAGCAUCUUUCCCCCUUUUUUGCCCCCAUGGGGAGGAGCCCCUUGUACCCUCUCCGUGCCCCACACAUGCCCUCUCUGUAUGGAUGUCUUUUGUAAAUGAUGAAAAAUAAAGGAAGUGGAUGCA